AUGAAUAAAAUUAAAAUGAAGAAUAACUAUAUAGAAAGAAAGAAAUAUUCAAUUCAUAAUUUGGUUAAAUUAAUUAAUGAAAAGAAAAAUAUAGAAAAUGGAAAAAAGAAUGAAUUAACAUCAGAAGGGACAACUAAAAAAAAAAAUGUAUCUAUUGAAAGUAAUGAUGUACAUAUAAAUUCCAAAAAAAACAAAAACAAAAACAAAAACAAAAACAAAAACAAAAACAAAAACAAAAACAAAAACAAAAACAAAAACAAAAACAAAAACAAAAACAAAACGGAUAAAAAAAAUGGACAUAUAAAAAAUGAAGAUUUUGUAAGUAGUUCCUCAGAUGAUGAAAAUGAAUAUACAAAUAAUGAAAAAGAUAUCGUAAAUGAUCAAGAUGAAUUAUCAAUAAAUGAUGAGAAUAAAUUAUGUAAUGAUCAUGAAAUAAUAAAUAAUGGUUCAUCUGAUGAUAAUGAAAUUAAAUUAUUUAUGUUUGAUUAUAAAGAAUGUCAAAAUAAAAAAUGUUCUUGUAAGAAAUUAUAUCGUUUCAAAAAAAUUAAGAAAGUUCAAAUGAAUAAAAAAUUUAAAGGUAUAGUUUUAACACCUUUUUGUGAAAAAUAUUUUUCUAUAGAUGAUAAAUAUACUAUUGAAAAUUAUGGUUUAUCUGUAGUUGAUUGUUCAUGGAAAUCUAUUGAUUUAUUAAAAAGAAUAAAAUUUUCUAAUCAGAGAAAAUUACCUUAUAUUAUUGCUGUAAAUAGUAUAAAUUAUGGAAAGCCAUAUAAACUUUCUUGUUUGGAAUCUUUAGCUUUCUGUCUUUAUGUUUGUAAUUAUAAUAAACAAUGUAAUGAUAUCUUAAAUAUCUAUAAAUGGAGUGUUAAUUUUACUAAUUUAAACAAAGAAUUGUUAGAUUCAUAUAAAUUAUGUAACACACAUGAGGAAAUAAAAAAUGCUGAAGAAGAAUUUAUACAAAAAUAUCUACAUGAAAAAGAACAAAACAAAAAAAUUGAUGAGUAUAAAAUUAUAUAUGAAGAUGACUACAUAUAA